UUAGUUUGGUCUCCACGUGGUUUCCUCCUGUCAGUCCGCUUGUAGCUGAUAGCCACCAUUAGCCCCAGUCUGUCCCAGUCUGGCCAGUAAUGGCCCUACAUCCUCUCUCCGUAACACACAGGUCCUAAGGUUUAGCGCAGUGUUUGUUUGCUAUGGGGUUGACACAGAGUUCCUUUCUGUCGGACGGGGGCAGUAAUAGUGGAUACCAUGUACACGGGGUACAAGAGAACUCUCCUGCUCAUUUGGCCGGAGUGGAUCCCUUUUUUGAUUUUAUUCUCUCGAUAGGAAAUACCCGUCUUAAUAAAGAGAGUGACUUAUUGAAAGACCUUCUGAAAGCCAAUGUGGAGAAACCAGUCAAGCUGGAGCUGUACAGCAUGAAGACUCAGAGGGUGCGGGAGCUGGAGGUGGUUCCCAACAACAUGUGGGGGGGGCAGGGUCUGCUGGGGGCCAGUGUGCGCUUCUGCAGUUUUGAGGGGGCCAACGAGAACGUCUGGCAUAUCUUGGAUGUAGAGGAGCGUUCUCCGGCCUCCUUGGCCGGCCUUCAGGCCUUUCACGACUACAUUGUGGGAGCCGACCAGGUGUUGCAGGAAUCUGAGGAUUUCUUCUCCAUGGUCGAGGCUACUGAGGGGAAGCCUCUGAAGCUGCUGGUGUACAACUCCCAGAGUGACCGCUGUCGCGAGGUGGUGGUCACGCCCAACGGAGCCUGGGGGGGGGAGGGGAGCCUAGGGUGUGGCAUCGGCUACGGCUAUUUGCACAGGAUCCCGACUCACCCGCAUCAGCAGACCGACGCCCAAAGCUCCCGGACGUCCCACCAGAGUGCUGCGCCCGAAGCGGACCACACGCCUACACACCAACAGGCAAGUAGCCCCGCCGCGGCCCCCAGACCGGCCCGCUGGGCUCCCCCCGACCUAGGGGGUGUGUACAGUGUGUGA